AUGGCGCAGAAGCGAAAGCUCCGAGUCCUCAUGAGCAUCCUCAGGGACAAGGUCUCCAUCCUCAAGGCCACCCUCUCCCUCGCCCGCCCCUCCUCCUCCUCCUCCGCCUCCGCCGCCGUCCGCCUCUCCGUGCUCCGCGCCACCGCCGCCUCCGCGUCCCCCGGCGCCCCGCCCCCCGAGGACCGACUCGCCGCCGUCCUCCUGCUCGGCCGCGGGUCCCGCGUCACCGCGCGGUCGUGCGUCGCGGCGCUCAUGGACCGCCUCCACGGCGCCGCCGACGCCGCCGUCGCCCUCAAGUGCCUCGUCGCGCUCCACCGCGUCAUCACGCAGGGCACCUUCAUCCUCCGGGACCAGCUGUCCUUCUUCCCCGGCAGCGGCGGCCGCAACUACCUGAACCUGUCGCGGUUCCGGGACGGCUCGGACCCGGAGGCCUGGGAGCUGUCGUCGUGGGCGCGAUGGUACGCGGAGUUCCUGGAGCAGACCCUGAUCGCCUCGCGGCGGGUCGGGUUCUAUCUGUGCGGCUCGCCCCGCCGCGGCUCCACCGGGGACCGGGACGAGAAGGUGUCGGCGUCGUCGAACCCCGAGCUGUUGAUCGAGCUCGACGCGCUGCUGAGCGUUCUGGAGCGGGUCGUCGAGGCGCCCGAUCAAUCGGGGCGGCUCCGGGCGAACGAUCUCGUGCACGAGGUGGUCAGGUUGGUGGGCGAGGACUACGGCGCGACCCGGUCCGAGAUCUCGCUCCGGCUGGCGGGGCUCGGGGAGAGGCUGGACGGCUUGAGCUCCGCCGAGUUGGCUCAGCUGGCGGGCCUGCUGACCCGGCUGGGCGGCUGCAAGGACGGGCUGAUGUCGCUGUUCGGGAACCGGAAGAACAACGACGGGCUGUGGGACUCCGCCGCCGAGCUGAAGGCGAAGGCGUCGGCAGAGGAGGAGAGGAGAGAAGGGUGGAGGCUGGUGAAGAAGGAAACCAAGGCCGAUGCGGCCGAGUUGGCCCGGCUCAUAGGACGGUUCACCGAGUCAAGGAAGCUCUACGCGGUGCCGUCGGCGGCGGCGGCAGGAGGGAGCGGCGCCGGAUUCAGGGGGCUGGACUUGGUUCCUGUAACGGUCUCGGCCGUGGGGUGA